GUGCCUGCUCUGAAAGCUCCUUGAAUACAUUGAUCUUUUUCUCUCAGAUCCCUGUUAUCUCCAUGAGGGGAAGGCCCCAGUAGGCCACUGGAGUUCGAGAAUCAAGAUGCUCCAGUUGGCAGUCAGGGCACCCUCUGAAGUUCAUCUGCCUCUUCAACUAUCAGGUCUAGGUGGCUGUGCUGUAGACACUGUUGCCCUGUGACGUGCUGGUGCGGGGAGUUCCAUAGGGAGGUCGCUCGAUGUCCUGGAAGCCAGAAAUGGGAUUGGUGUCGUUUGAGGACAUAGCUGUGGAAUUCACCUGGCAGGAGUGGCAGGACCUGAAUGAAGGUCAGAGGACCCUCUACAGGGAUGUGAUGCUGGAGAACUACAGCAACUUGCUGUUCUUGGGGCACUGCAAGACCAAACCUGAGUUGAUCUUCAAUUUGGAGCAAAGACUUGGGUCAUGGAUUGUAGGAGAAGCCUCACUUCAGAGCAUCCCAGAUUUCCAGAAAAUGAUUACUCUGAACAAGGUCAAUCCAGAAACCAAAGCAACACAUGUGUGGCAAGUUGCACUCGACAGUGAUUCAUCAGAGGAAUUGGCUGGACUAGGGAAGACGUUCAGUGUGAGUGCAAACCAGGUUUCAAAUUGGAAUAUAAAGAAUGAGAACUCAUUAGGAAUGAGUCCUAGAAAGCUUAUUCUGUGGAAGGAUGUGUAUCUUUGGAGUGAUUCUGAUGAGGUGGAAGAACUUGAUGAUCUUAAUGGAACUGUAAAAUCCAUCAAACAUCCAGAGCAUGUUAGUCUGUUCAAAUCUCACAAUUCACAAAGUUACUUUCAAAGUCUUAUACCAGGGAAAUCCUUCAAUACAAAAGCAGUAUUACUUACUCAUAAGUUCAGUGAAUAUGCAAAAUCCUUAUGUGAUACAGCAUUUAUUGGCAAAGAGAUGGCUCAGAUAAGAGAGAAGUCUUUUGGAUGUAAUGUAUCAGAGAUAAAGUGUAACAAGUCUGACAUUGAUGAAAAGGAGCGAAUACACCUGGGAGAGAAACAUUACAAAUGUAGUGACUUUGAGAACCCUUUCAUUACUGAACCAUACCUUCCAAAACAUAUGGGAGAAAAGCUCUUUGUCCAGAAGGUAUAUGAAUUUUCUCAGCAGUCAGAAGUGAGUCUGCAUCAGAAAAUCCACAGAGGGAAAAAGUCCUAUGAGUGUAAAAUAUGUGGAAAGUGCUUUUAUUGGAAAACAAGCUUCAACAGACAUCAGAGUACUCACACUGGUGAGAAGCCCUAUGAAUGUACGGAAUGUAGUAAAGCUUUCUGCCAGAAGUCACACCUCACUCAGCAUCAGAGAGUUCAUACAGGUGAGAGACCAUAUAUAUGUUUCGAAUGCAGGAAAGCUUUCUAUCGUAAGUCAGAGCUUACCGACCAUCAGAGAAUUCAUACAGGCGAGAAACCAUAUGAAUGUAAGGAAUGUGGGAAAGCUUUUUGCCAAAAGCCUCAACUUACUCUACAUCAGAGAAUUCAUACAGGUGAGAAGCCCUAUGAGUGUACAGAAUGUGGAAAAGCCUUCUCCACUAAGUCUUAUUUAACUGUACAUCAGAGAACUCACACAGGUGAGAAACCUUACGAAUGUACAGUAUGUAGGAAAUCAUUUAUUUGUAAGUCGAGUUUUAGCCAUCAUUGGAGAACUCAUACUGGUGAAAAGCCCUAUGAAUGCAAGCAGUGUAUGAAGACAUUCUACCGUAAGUCAGGUCUGACUCGACACCAGAGAACUCACACGGGCGACAAACCCUAUGAAUGUCAAGUAUGUGAGAAAGCUUUUUACUGCACUUCACACCUUACAGUACACCAGAGAACUCACACAGGUGAGAAACCUUAUGAGUGUAAGGAAUGUAGGAAAGCUUUCUAUGACAAGUCAAACCUUAGACGCCAUCAGAAGAUUCAUACUAUGGAGAGAGCCUGUGAGUGCAAACAAUGCAAUAAAUCUCUUCUGGGCAACGCUUCUCAACACGAGGCACUGUACCAUGACUAUAAAGAAUGCAAGGAAACUUCCCACCAUAAAACACAUUUUACUUAA